AUGGUGAAAGGUUGUGUGGAAAGGGUCCUUCUGUUUUGAAGUUUUCAUUGAUUUAACAUCGAAAGUGCUCGGGAACAAUUCGAGAUGUUGUUACGUGAAUGGUGUAACUCUAUUGAAGUGACGUGAUAAGUGAUGUGAUACAGCGUCCACAGCUUUGCUGAUAAGCUUCAAAAGUUUUCAAAUCAUGAUACCUUAGAUGACUUUUGUUCAAGUGUUUUUUUUUUGCUAAAAUCUACUUUUCACUAAUCACUAAUUCAUUCAAACGAUGGAAAAUUAAUUCGAAUGUGAACAAAUCAUAACUCAUGCCUCAUGUCCAUAGUUAAGUCUGAUUGCGUUUCUAGUUCAAUAAUUAUUUAAUUGUUUCUAGUUGAACUUUAAGGGAUGUAUUGAUGGUAAUAAAAAAAAUCAGGUUCAUUAGGUUUCAAAAUAUUUCAUUUCUCAGGCAAAGAAUCACAAAAUAGUUUUAAGCUGUUCAUUACAAAAAAAGCCCUGGCAUAGAUUUUUCACCACCAGUUCAACUGCUUCCAAAGCGCUUCAGCUUCGACCACUCCAAUCAUCAUAACUUUCAUUUCUGUCUUAACAUUUCUACUUAGAAUUAUAUAUUGUUGAUAUGGCAUGAGUUUAAAUCAGAACAAAAUGUUUCAGGUACAAAUUAAAAAUUUUGAGAUCGUCACAAAAAGUGUUAAAAUGUGUUAUGGAAGUUUUGAGUUGGACAUCUGAACCACAGGUAAUGAUCAACAAUCAUACUGUCCAUUGAAAAUGCUGUAAAUCCCUAUCGUGUCAUCCAGAGAGUGGUAAACAACUUUGCAAAAUUCAACAUGGCAUCACUAACGCUAAUCCUGCUGAGCUACAGCGUGUGUAUGUUCACACUAGCACGAGCUCUCCCGAUCACAUCGAAACCCCUAGACAACAGUCCAGAUCACCUGACGUGGGAAGCUUCGUGGUUGUCAGGAGACUCUCGACUAGCCGGAAGUGGUGGUAAGGCGAAAAAGAUUACUCCCAAGUCCAUUUUCAUCGCACCGCAGCUGAAUGGAUACAACGGAUCUUUAUGUCCGCCAGAUAGUAAGAUCGAUUACACCGGCAAGUGUAUCCAGGUGGUGAACAUCAACACCGCCGACAUUUUGGUAACUAAGCUACAAAGUAUUUUAGGAAAUGGUGGAGCAUUACCUGGCGGUGACGCAGACUACGAUUAUGACUACGACCCUUCGGGUCCGUUCCAGGUUAAUCUGCCUCUGAGUAUAGAUCUGCCAGGGGAGUCACCGAUCCAACCUGCAAAACAGGUUGACCCCAUAUAUGAAGCUGCAAUACUUGAGGUACCCAGUACUACUACCGUUAGAGUUCUUGAAACUACAACAUCACAGAGUAGUACUCCUAAGGAACAGCCGACAUUUCUCAGCCAUACAAGGAAACACAUUAUGGAUCAAGCUGCUGCCGAGACUCACACCGACAUUUCGUUUAUCGCAUUUGAAAGCCUACCGAAUGGGACAGUAUCAACGCAGCUCGAGGUGGACGGCGCUAAUGGAACCAUCAUUCAAAACAUUGUUCUUAGCUCCACUGAUGCUGCUCCGACAACUUCCACUACAGUUGACAGUGAAUCUUCUUCAAGCGUUAGCACAACUACUCUCACAAGUACUAGCGCUGAUAUUCCCACAAGCACUAUGGUGAGCACAACAACCGAAGAACUGGGGACAUCUACAACUGAAUGGAAUUUUCCAACUGAAGAUAGAACGAUUACACCUGGAACAACUACCACUGAAGUUUUGAGUACAACGAUGGAAAUGAAGAGUACUAUGAGUAGCGCAUAUGCGACGACAACGCAGCAGAUCGCAAACGACACACCAGAUAAUGAGUUUAGCAGCCUGAAAACAGAGCUUGCUGAAGAUUUACUCAUUUUGGGAACAUCUAGUACAGCCACAACCGAACUCCCCUCUACAGAUGUAUCGGAAUUGAAUGCAGAUUUGUACAGUACAGCUUCCAGCACUACAGAAUUCCAAGUUACAAGCACCACAUUCGAUCCUACCGAAAGCACAUCGACCGUGGAGCCUCCAACGACUAAAGUUUUGUUUCAAGCUAUGCCUGCUAGAAGAAAUAGACCUUCCCCAAAACCUGUUCAGAUAGUUACACCUGUAAGGACUAAGUGGUACAGCCCACCAGGAGCAACUCCCCCUCCAUUUGUCAUUGCUAGCUACACUCAACAAGAGCGUACGACAAGAGCCACUCCAGAAACGACAACAGCGGCCACAAUUCGCGCCACUGACUACACUCCUCUUUCAUUCACUAACGACACUGAAAACGAUAAACGGAACCAAGAACUCAUCCAUCGGCAGGAGUUAAAGGACAACCUUCGUGAGACCAUGGAUUCCAACAAUCGUUUCGUUUAUCAUCACCUUCCUGUUCCGAGUGCCUCGAUAGUACCGGCUCCAGCGAAGCCGACGACAGUGCCAGAACACAAUUACAUCGAUCAGCUGAGAAAGAUUAAUGAAAUCGUGGCCGAGAACAAGAACCGUCACCACCAAGCAGCGAUGGCGAGUAACUCACGUGUUCGGUUUCCUACUAGAGACGAGGAUCAAUCCCCAGCAGCCACCAAUAGUCAAGUGGUUCGAUUCCCUGGUUCAGUGUCCAGUCGCUACUCACAGCAAACAAAUAGAUUGCCGGACAUCUUUCCCAAAAAAUCUGCAGACACCACAACGCAACGUCCUCCCUUCUGGUGGCUUCCUACUGGAUGGGAAGUUGAUCAAACCGGGCAGAAACCGAUGCUCUUGCGAUUCUGGUCACGGAUGCCGUUGGUGCGAGACGAAUCACUAACCACAGGAUCCGGUAGCAGUAGCAGUACCUCCAGCGGAAGUCCGCCCGAUUACUCGAGCACCAAUCGGUGGAAACAUUCUUCGAGAGCUUCGAGCAACACUUCUCCUUCUCAUUCAACGACUUCUCGAAGAGGCAACUCCCGAAGUCCCAGCGAAAACUUUUACAAGGAAGUUUCUUCACAGGAUGUUUACAAGGUGCUCAACAUGCGCCAGCUAAAGCACAAUAGAUAAACCAGAUACUCAACUCAGACCAUGUUUGUGUAGUUUUUACCCCGCGCGCCAGCUUUAAGUAUUAUUUAAUUGUGAACAAAAAUUGUGUAUAGACAGAAAGUAUAACGCUAUUAGUGGUAGAAUUAGUUUUAGUAGAAAGAACACAAUUUCGUAUAUGAUGUCGCUAACAAACAAUACACAAACCCGCAACAUUUUUGGAACGCACAUAUUCAAAUAUCAAAAUGUGAGGAAGGCUAGCACAUGUUUUACAUAAGCUAUAUUAUCCAUGAGUAUUCUCUUGUUUCGUUUCCGUAACAAUUCGUGAAAUAACUGUGAUAUUUAUUUGGCACCUUCAGUGUGCUGCUUCAAAAAGCUAUAAAGGGGCAUUUUUUGGUCUAUGAAAAAUACCUUCUUUUAUCUAGCGUAACAAUCUUAAAUUUGAUCUUUACUAAAUUGGGUUUUUCAGGUCAUUUGUCUUUUAAAAUUUGGUAGUAUAAAAAAUGGAAAUUUUUAGUUACUUUUCAUUGCAUGGGAAAAUUUUUGAUUGGUCUUUAGCAUGUGAAGUUGUACAUAAGAAACAUGUGAGAUCGAGUUUUAAAUCGAUUUCCAAAUUAUAAUUUUCGAGUUUUAAAUCGAUUUCCAAAUUAUAAUUUUCUAAUCUUUUAUAAAAAUCCACAAGUAACAAGAGCUCUUAUUUGAAAAUCUAUAUGAAUAUGGAAAUAACUAGUAGAACGAAAAUCUAGAUUCAGUCUCAUAGAAUCCACUUCAUAAUUCUUAGAACUCAAUGAAUAAUGAAAAUAUAAAUUUUCAAAAAAAGAAAAGCGAAGUUUAAAUUGCCUAUAUUGUUCAGUGUUUAAAGUUUCAUAAAACGAACUGAUCCUUGGAAAAAUAUUAUAUUAUUAAAAUUGUUUUAGAAAAUUUAAGUUUUGUUUGGACCAAUAAAUUAUGGUUUUUUUUUCACUUAUAUUCAAAAACACCGUACCUUGGACCUUGACAUUUUGACUGAUUAACAAUUUUCUAUACUCGAUUUCAAUAAAGACAAAUACAGCAUGCAAACCCCAAUUCAAAAUUAGAUAAAUCGGUCUUCUUUCCUCACAUCGUUAUAAUUCAGGAGCACCAUUAUUCACACAAAUAAAUAUUCAGUAAUUUGUACAUAUCUUAGGAUUGCCGGAGCAUUUGCAUAAAUUUAUCAAUCUGAUCCAACUGUUAUUUAAAACAAACGAAAGCCUAAAGGAUGUUUAUGCGACUAUAAUCAAAAACAAAACUAUGUCAGCUGGAAACGAAUCAAAAACAUAAAUUAGUUAAAGCAUAACUACAUGUAUGGAUGUGCCAAAAAGUAAUACAAAAUCAAUCGACUCGUAUUGCCAAACUCCAAGUAAGAAACAUCACUUUGUAAUUAGUUAGCGCUGUAAGGUUGCGUGUUAUUUGCAUGUUUUUAUCAUAUAAAAAUAUUGCAAACCAUAUUCGGAAGUCUCUCUAAGUAUUGUGAAUUGAGCUAAACUAAAACGAUCUUCCAUCUUUAUCGAGUUGUUUAUCGAGCAAAACAGAUCAGCAAUGCCAGCACCCUCUGUAAAUAUACUUAAGCACAUUUUAUACAGCAAGAUAUUCUCACAUUACGAUAUCCAAGUUGGAAUAUAAUUGUGUUAGUGUGUACAUUGUUAAUCCUCAAGCAAAACAAACAAAUAUUUAAUUUACCUUAGCAUUAGGAAAGCAGCACAAAAACGUUUUACGACAUUUGCCAACAGAAGCCAACAGCCGUGUGAGCAUUAAUGCCAACUAAUGCUUACGCUCUGGAGAAAAGAGGAGAGGAGAAUAGAAAUGAAACGAUUUGUAAUGCACAGGAACCGAAUAUGUUUGCCAAAAGUUCAUAUAACUGUUUCGCAGAAAAGUUUUUUUUAAGAACAAUAACGAGUCAAAACGCACAUGAUCCAAGUAAAACCAUUUGAAUGUAGCAGUAGACAGUCCCACCUUGCCGGAAAGUGUAAAUCUGAUAAUCAAAAAAAAAAAGGAAAAGUCGUUUUAAAUUUGUAUGCUCACUUCUUCCCUGUUAGAAUGCAAUAAAACUAAAUGCGUAGAAUGAUGCUAAUAAAGGAAAUCUAAAAUCGGUAGCAGCUCCAUUUCUCUACAUUUGAUCGGAAACCUUCUGAAGAAUUGAA